ACUCUCGCGGAGGAAGCGAGGUAGGGGAGCCAGCUGGGCAGUUCAACGUUCCGGGGGCGCUUCCAAGGGCCGCGCGCGAGGGCGCCGGGCCCUGGGGGCUGCGCAGAGCCGGGGUCCGCGGAUGCGCGGGCGCGCGCGCUCGUCCAAGGGGGCGCUGUCCGAGGGCACGUGCGCGGGAGCGCGCCCGGGGAGUGGUCGCGGAGUGGCUGGCUGGCUGGCUGGCUUGCUGGCGGGCGGGGCGGGUAGGGGCGGGGCCGCGGCGGCGCGCGGACGCGGAGCUCCGCCGGGCUUCUUGAGGCUGCGGCGCGGCCACCAGCUGGAGGGCGGCGGACGUUGUAUCCAGAGCCCGAAAACCUGGGACUUGGGGGACGCUGAGGGACGCAGGAGUGGAACCUGGCCGCGAGGAAGAUCCGCGCGGUGCAGCUCGCUGCUUAGCAGACGGCGCUUUCCUCGCUCCAUUUAGGAAGCGGGUGGGGGUGGUUCGUGGCCAGCGUCGGGAGGUAUUCGAACGCCCGCGUCCGGAAAGAAAGAAUUCACCUGUGUUUGAAGGCAGCGCGCCGGACGUGGAGGGAGCGGCGGCGAGCUCUCGCUUCUGGCACAAUGGGCUGUACGCUGAGCGCCGAGGACAAGGCGGCGGUGGAGCGGAGUAAGAUGAUCGACCGGAACCUCCGCGAGGAUGGCGAGAAGGCGGCGCGCGAGGUCAAGCUGCUGCUGCUCGGUGCUGGUGAAUCUGGGAAAAGCACAAUUGUGAAGCAAAUGAAAAUUAUCCAUGAAGCUGGUUAUUCGGAGGAGGAAUGUAAACAGUACAAGGCGGUGGUCUACAGCAACACCAUCCAAUCAAUUAUUGCUAUCAUUAGGGCCAUGGGGAGGUUGAAGAUAGACUUCGGUGACUCAGCUCGGGCGGAUGAUGCCCGCCAACUGUUUGUGCUUGCUGGAGCCGCUGAAGAAGGCUUUAUGACUGCAGAACUUGCCGGAGUUAUAAAGAGAUUGUGGAAAGAUAGUGGUGUACAAGCCUGUUUCAACAGAUCCCGAGAGUACCAGCUUAAUGAUUCCGCAGCAUACUAUUUGAAUGACUUGGACAGAAUAGCACAACCAAACUACAUUCCAACUCAACAAGAUGUUCUCAGAACUAGAGUGAAAACUACAGGAAUUGUUGAAACCCAUUUUACUUUCAAAGAUCUUCAUUUUAAAAUGUUUGAUGUGGGAGGACAGAGAUCUGAGCGGAAGAAGUGGAUUCAUUGCUUCGAAGGAGUGACCGCCAUCAUCUUCUGUGUGGCUCUGAGUGACUAUGACCUGGUUCUAGCCGAAGAUGAGGAAAUGAAUCGAAUGCAUGAAAGCAUGAAGUUGUUUGACAGCAUAUGUAACAACAAAUGGUUUACAGAUACGUCUAUUAUACUUUUUCUAAACAAGAAGGAUCUCUUUGAAGAAAAAAUCAAAAAGAGCCCUCUCACUAUAUGCUAUCCAGAAUACGCAGGCUCAAACACAUAUGAAGAGGCAGCUGCGUAUAUUCAGUGUCAGUUUGAAGAUCUCAAUAAAAGAAAGGACACAAAGGAAAUAUACACCCACUUCACAUGUGCCACAGAUACGAAGAAUGUGCAGUUUGUUUUUGAUGCUGUAACAGAUGUCAUCAUAAAAAAUAAUCUAAAAGAUUGUGGUCUCUUCUAAAUUUUGCAGUUAAUGGUAAAAUGCAUUUUCAAACCAAAUGAGUACUUCUGUGUGGAUUUCUCUAAAUUAGAGUCUUGCAGCAACACAAUGUAGUAUACAGCAGAUGUAUCUGGGACCUGACCAAAGUUGUUCUGUUGUGUUUUUUUAACUGAAAGUAAUAGAAGGACCUUUCUUAAAUGUGAGAGGUGGUCCUGCAGUGGGAAACUAAGGGCAGUGUUAAUGCUCGACUCUAGUGUAUUGAUGAUUUCUGCCUAUGUGUAAAUAUGCAAAUGUAUGUAUACAUGUAUUUAUAACUUUUGUUUUUCCACAUUACUUUUAGGCUUUAAGAGUGGCAACUUAUUCUAGCGUGAUGGCUUUGGUAAUAAACAGAAAUACUAAGUACUUUGUACUGAAUGACAGACUAUUACCGUGUUUGCCAGUUUUAAACAGCUUUAUUUAUGUUCAUGUCUUGUAAAUUUUUAAGUACAGUAAUUAAUAUUAGGAAACAUUGCAGCCCUUAUCUUGAUUAUAUGUAUACUUGUAAUCUUAACAAAGUUAUUUGUACAAACAUUGCACAGACUAUUUUAAUAACAUGAUUUGUUCUUUAAAUUUAAUGUGUUUUAUUGAAAUGUUCUUAAGAGGAUGAAUAUACCUGCCUUUGGAUCAGUUAUAUAAACAUUGUAUGCAUUUUAAUUUUUCUUCUAAAAGUGCAUGCUGAUCUAAUUCUACAUUAGAUUUGGUUUGAAAAACUGAAAUUUCAGAUUUUUGAGGCUAUACUCUCAGACUUACUAUAAACACUUAAUUUUUAUUCAGUUGGUUUGUUUUCACUUUGAAUUUUAAUAUUUGGAUGGUAUUCAUGCAUUUCCUUAAAGGUGAUGCCAGAUUAAUUUUUAUACACUUUAAAUAACUACAUUCUUAUUUAUAACUAAGUUUAGGUGGAUUGAGAGCAUUUUGUGGGUAAAAAUAUGUCAGCAUAAUGAAUUUUGAGACAUUCAUUUGUGUAUUUCCUUUGGGAAAUCCCUUGUACCUAGCAUAUAUGAUAGUUCCUUAUUUGGAAGAUAACAAGAAAGAUCUUUGAAUAUUCAGCUGCUGAUCUAAUGCAAGCUUUAGAUUCCUAUAUGUAACUACUUUCAAACUUAAUUAUCACACUAUAUAUUAAAAUUACUUUUUUCUCUUACUCAAAUUUCCACCACUUGCUUGAGUUAAUAUUUCUUUUUAAAUUGUGCUAUUAUUUCUGACAAUUAAACGGGCAAUUACACUUAGAAAAUGAGUAAUAGUAUUUAAUAAAGUCAGUGAUUUUAUGUAUGCUCAAAAAAGUGUUACAUAUUAGCUAGAUAUUGGACUUUGAUAGUCAUUUCUUUUCAUGAUUCAUGAUGUGUCUCUGUGACUUCAUUUCAACAAAAUGAACAGCAUUCCCUACCCUACUUCUGUUGUUUUACUCAUCUUGAAAAAGGUCCUUCAAUAAGCUUUGUGGAUAAGUAGUCUCUUAGUUACGUGCUGUCAUUUUGUUGAAGUAUAUUUCUUGAAGUGUGUGUGGGUGUGGGUAACCACAGACUACAUUUUCAUCUGUUAUAUUUUGGGGAUUUGUUUUUCUUCUUUGUGAUGUAAAGAAAUUCAAAGUUAUCACAGUUUCUUAAAUGUGUUAGUUUAGAUUCUUUACGUGCCUUUCAUGAAAGAUGUUUUCAUUAAUUUUACUGAUGGAAGACCUGUAACACCCUUAUUGUGAAGCUAUGUAUGAAAUUCACCUAUACUAUGAAUAAAUAUGAAUCCUGAGAAAUACUGUUUAAAAAGCCACAAAGAAGCACAUCUUGGUGACCAUAAUUGGUGAAUUCCUGAACUUUAUUCUGUGUAAUUGUGUUACUAAUAAAUCCUAAUAAAUUUAAAUUUUUAAAAUUUUA